GAAGAAGCCUCUGAGCUCAGCCACCGCUAAAGAGGAAAAAUACAGUAUACGGGGGAGGGGAGAGCAAUUACAAAUAUAAUCCACUUUCAACUCCCAGAACUACAUCAUAAGGGGCUGUGAAUCCCCCCCCCCUUCCUCCAGGGCAUCGGAUCGGACACCUAGAGCAGAAGAGGAGCAGAAAACCGAAUCAGCGACGGGGGAAGACGCGUUCGUCCGCGUCUGAACUUGAGGAUUUACAGUUACUGAGGGAAGGAGGUUUCAGCUGGGUUGAUCUUCUUCUUUUUUCUUUGAUUGCUUGGUUGGAUUAUUUCAUUGGGAAGAAGAGUGGCUCCUUUUCGGGGUGGGGCCUGGAUCUCUGUGGAGGACCCAGCCCACCCGCUCUCUCCACCACCCCGGCAAGGCGAUCGCUUUUGGAGGGAGAGGAUUAUUGCGGAUUAUAAAUUGGCGUCUUUCUGCGCCCCGCACCCCCCGGGCGCGGGAUGGAGGGGAGCCCCAUGGCCUGGGCAGCAGCAGGGUCCUGUCCCUGAGGCGAGGGGGCUGAUUUCUGUGCAUGGGAAGCCUUUCGUUGCCUGAAAGGGGGUGGCCCUGAGACACCCUCCGACCCCCCGAAACCCGCCGCCGUCGCCGGGACAUUCCCUGGUGCCCCCUGUGGUGUCCCCAGCCCCGGGGAGGAUGUGAAGGCGGCGGCUGGGGCAGGAGAGCGCGCACCCCCCCCCCCCGAUUCCCACCCCCACCACAACCCCGGCGGUGGCUUGGUGUCUCUGGUGCGUGGGGAGCCGGAGGAGCAGAGCAAGGGGGGGGGGUUUGUCUAACACCCUCCCCUCCCCUCCCCUCCCUUCCCCUCUCUCUAUGCGGGGCGGGGGCUGCUCGGAUCCUCGCCGCCGCCGCCGCUGCUAGAGGGGGAGGCCGAAGAUGGGGGAUUUCUAUGAUCCGGAACAUCCCACCCCUGAAGAAGAAGAAAAUGAGGGCAAGACUGAACACGUGCAGAAAGCUGGUUUUGUCAAAGGCCCAGUGUUCAAAGGUGUUGCUUCUAGCCGCUUUUUGCCCAAAGGCACUAAGACAAAGGUUAACCUUGAGGAACAAGGAAGACAGAAGGUGUCUUUCAGCUUUAGUUUAACAAAGAAAACCUUGCAGAAUAGAUUUCUGACUGCUCUCGGAAAUGAAAAACAAAAUGAAACUCAGAACUCCCCAGCUACACCCCUUCCAACUGACUUUGCCCCCAAAAUUAAAAUGGACCUGGGGGAUACCUCUGGUUCAGCCGAAGAAUCUUCACCACCAAAACCUAAGGUGGAAUUGGGCAAGAUCCAUUUUAAGAAGCAUCUGCUCAGUGUAACAGCAAAGCCACUGCCACCUGCUGUAGCACAUCCACCAUCGCUAGCAGCUGUAGCACCAGCAGAAGUGGCAGCAGCAGCAGAAUUGCCAUUGACACCAUCUCCACCGCUCUCACAAACAGCAUCUCCACCAGCACCAGUGCUAACAGCAAUAGCUUUGCCCCAACCAUCAAUAGCAGCAUCAGUGACAGCGGCGCAGCUUCUGCUACCACCUGUAGAAUCAGAAGACCAAACUUCAAAGGAGCUAUUAAACGCAGUCGUGAAAGAAACUUUAGAACUGGACAUUAAACAGGAUUCUGCAUCUAAUAGUGCUGAAGAACAUGUAACUCAAAAUAUGUCUGAGCAAAUGGAAAUAACUUCACAGCAGGAAGAUUCCCAUAUUGGGAAGGAGGAAGAAAUUUCAAACAGCUCAAAAAGUGUUUCUCUGUGCUCCAAAAAGCAGGGCUCUAAGAGGAAAUUUUCUCAAUCUGAUGCCACAUUACUGGGUUCUGAAUCUGAUGAAGAUUCUAUAAGGACUUCUUCAAGUCAGAGAUCACAUGAAUUAAAAAUAUCAACAAGCACGGAAAAGGAAAGAGAUCUGAAAAAGAGCUCAACUUCUCUCAAAAGUGAAGAUUCGGUGAAAUCUUCCUCUCGAUCUAAAUCGGACAGAGAUGAAAAACAUUCUAGCCACCCAAAACCAGAGAGAGACUCUAGGUAUAUGUCCUCCCGAUCUAGGUCAGACAGGGACAGAAGAAGGAGCAGGUCUCAUUCUCGUUCUAGGUCUGACAGAGGUUCUAGAACCAGCUCAUCCUAUUCAAGAUCAGAACGCUCUCAUUAUUAUGAAUCUGACCGAAGAUACCAUAGAAGCUCCCCUUAUAGAGAGAGGACAAGGUAUUCACGUUCUUACACAGAUAAUAGGACAAGAGAGAGUUCUGAUUCAGAAGAUGAGUAUAGGAGGACCCAUUCCAAGUCUAGUGACUCAAGGCGUAUGUCAUCUCAUUCCUCAUCAUACAGGGAUUCUAGAACUUCUUCCUAUUCUAAAUCAGACCGGGACAGCAAAACAGAGUCGUCUUAUGCUGAAACAGAGAGGAGAGGAAAGUCUUCAAAAUCAGAUAGAGAAUCAAAAAGGACUUCAGAAAGUGAAGCAUCAAAAAGGUGUUCUCCCCUUAAUGAGCUGGGAUAUCGAAGGGGGACAUCCCAUUCUAAACCUGAUAGUAAUGUGAACUCUUCCCAUUAUAAGUACACCCCUACAAAGACUUCUGCACCAAAGUCUGAUAAGUCUAAAAGUUCUUUCUGUUGUACAGAAUCAGUUGAAGAAAUCAAACACCAGUCUAAUUCUUUAGAUUUAGAGACACCUUGUCUAAAAAGCAAUGAGUUAAGAAUGACUAUUAUAAAAAAGUUUGAAAGGGAAAAGAUGGUUUCUCCAUUCAGUCAAUUAAAUGAUUCACCUACUUUUAAAAAGCUAGAUGAGCCAAAAGAUGGUUCUCCUAAUUUGAAUUCUGAACUUAUAGGAAAUGAUUGCCAUGACAGUAUUAAGGAACCAGAAAAUUUAAUAAAGGUAAAACGUGAUCAAUUAAGAACUUAUUGUCCCAUAGAACUGAAUAUAAAUGGGUCCCCAGAGGGUAGAUCUGAUGACUUGGCAACUUUCUGUGUCUCCAAAACAGAGGAUAUUGCAAUGUCUUCUGAUGAUAGUCUAGGUAGAUCAGAGGUAUCACCACUGAUAAAAAGUAAUACAUUUUAUGUGUUGCCAUCUAAUGGAUUUCAAAGUGUAUAUAAAUCUAAAGAACAAGAUUUGGAUGAUUCUCAUAUACAGUCUGAGUUCAACAGUUCAUUUAAAGAAAGAGAGGCUCCAGUUCCUUCAGAGCAAGAUGAAGUUAUAUCUUCUCUUGUUACAAAUGUAGAUCAUUCUGAAAUGUUAGUUAAAAAAUUGGAUGAUCUGGCAACUCCUUGUAACAGAACCAAAGAUUCAGACUUUUGCUACAUUUCAGAUGAUACUAGUCCUUCUUUGUAUCAUUCAGAAGUUGAAAUUGAAGUUGAGUCCACAGAUAUAAAGGUUACUCAAGAAACUUUAAUGGACAUUCAUGUAGAGCCACAAACGGUUACGUGUGAUUAUGAAAACACAGAGGAUCAAAAUUCAACAAAGUCUGCAUGUGAAGAUGAACUAUAUGAUAUUAGUCCCUCCCAUGAGCUGAGCCUAACGGUAGAUAGUUUAAGCAGAGAUUCUUCGCAAGAAGAAUGCUCCCUGGAAAUCAAAUUAGACAAUGAAAUUAUUACACAACAACCAGAUGAAAACCUUGCUUCCAAAUUGGGUAGAGCCAUGCAGAAUGAAAGUGAAGAAUGCUUGCAACAUUCUGAAACUGAGAUAAUUGAAUUAGAUGCCCAGCAAAUUGGUCCUGAUUUAGAAAAAGGAAAACUAUCAUUUAAAAAUGAGCAUUCAUAUUAUUUAGAAAUACCAGUAGAACGCCUAGAAAAAGAGGAACCAGCUGAGGAAAGUUCUACUAUCUUUGCUGAAAGAAUCAGGUCUGAUGAUUUUAAAGACCAAUCUCUGGAAGUCUCAGUUGGCAAAGAUGAAGAAAAUGAGUCACUGGUGGUUUCUGCUUUUUCAGAAGCUUUGUUUCCAUCUUGUGAUGUCAUUGUGACUGCAGAAGAAACAGAAACUGUAGCUCAAGCUGCCACGUGUGACAGUAGUGGCAAUACUUCUGAAUUCAUUUCUGCUCAUAACAAUGAUUAUUCUGAUACGGCAGAAAGUGAGAGUGAGCAGGACAGUGAAGAAAGUGAUACAGAGGAUUCAGAUUCUGAUGACAGUGUUCCAAGGAACCGUCUUCAGUCGGUUGUGGUGGUUCCUAAGAAUUCCACUCUAAGUAUGGAAGAAAGUAGUCCUUGUUCAUCUCGGAGCAGCCAAGGUAAUACACGCUACUCUGAUCAUUGGGAAGACAAUAGGCCAGAGUCCAGCAAACCUUACUAUGAAGAAAGAUCAGAGAAUACAGCAAAUAAAAAUGGUCCACAUAUUGAGAACAAGUGUUCUCCUCCUAGGGGAAUGGACAAGAGUCCAGCAACAUCUACUGAGCUCAGUAGAAAGGGAGCUGAAGAUCUCCAGCCUGAUAUUUCUCAGCCUCAGAGUGAUGGAGUUGAUAGUACAAGUCAGACAGACCUAACAUCAAAUUCUAAUGGCAAACCAAAUCCAGAUGAAAGAAUAUUGAAAGAAUUGAUGUCCAUAGCUAGACCGGUCGGCAGACAGCAAGAUGAGCGUCCAUUUUGUUUUUCUGAGAGCUUUGAAAGUGCUGAAAAUAAAUCUAGGCACCAGAUGCAUUCUUCCAAGCCAGACAGCAGACAGGGAAAGAGUGGGUUCAGUAAUGUAUCUGGCACAGGAGAGUUCUCCAAAUUGGAUGGUUUUCAUUCAACAGAGGACUUGGGUAGCCUGGGGUGGGACUUCUCUCAACCAGAGAAACCCAGUAGCACAUAUCAGCAGCCCGACAGCAGCUAUGGAAUGUACUCGGGUUACAUUUGCCAGCAGGGUUCAGGAUCCUACAGUGGCUCCCAGAAUUACUGGCAAGGCAAUGGCUGUUGGGACCCAAGGCCUGGUAGUAGGCCCUCUGGAAUUAAUUAUGAACGAAUACAAGGGCAGGUACCAGAUUCCCUAACAGAGGACCACGAAGAGUAUGAACAGGAUGACAAUUGGGUCGAUGACUGCAAAGCUCACUUUCCUAGCCAGUCGAGUAAAUUUCAUUCUCUCAGUGAUAAAGAAAAGGGUUCUGUGCAGGCACAUGAGAUAAGCAGUAAUUCAGCAAAGGAGCCAACAGUUGUAAAUGAGAAGAAAGAGCAGGCAAAAAUUUUGGAAAAAACUGAUGUGAAAGAGCGAGGACCACCAAAGAAAAGAAGGCAAGAAUUAGAGAGUGAUUCUGAGAGCGAUGGAGACCCAAGAGAGAGAAAGAAAGUAAAAACAGUUGGAGAAGGGGAGCAGUCGGAGUCCUUGCCUCAGGGUUCAGCAGUGGUUCGCCCACUGUGUAUCAUGGAAGAGUUCAGAGACCCGCAACGCUGGAAGGAGUGUGCCAAACAAGGAAAAAUGCCCUGUUACUUUGACCUCAUUGAGGAAAAUGUGUAUUUAACAGAAAGGAAGAAGAACAAAUCCCAUCGUGAUAUCAAGCGAAUGCAGUGUGAAUGUCCGCCUCUUUCCAAAGAAGAGAGAGCUCAAGGGGAGGUAGCUUGUGGUGAAGAUUGUCUCAAUCGCCUGCUCAUGAUAGAAUGUUCUUCCAGGUGCCCAAAUGGGGACUACUGUUCCAACAGGCGGUUCCAGAGGAAACAGCAUGCAGAUGUUGAAGUGAUCCUGACUGAGAAGAAAGGCUGGGGACUGAGAGCUGCCAAAGAUCUCCCAUCUAACACGUUUGUGCUGGAAUACUGUGGAGAAGUGCUGGAUCACAAAGAGUUCAAAGCCCGAGUGAAAGAGUAUGCCCGAAGUAAGAAUAUUCACUACUACUUCAUGGCACUGAAAAAUGAUGAGAUAAUAGAUGCAACCCAGAAAGGAAACUGCUCCCGUUUCAUGAACCACAGCUGUGAACCAAACUGUGAGACACAAAAGUGGACUGUGAAUGGACAGCUAAGGGUUGGCUUUUUCACCACCAAACUAGUUCCAUCAGGCUCAGAGCUAACAUUCGAUUACCAGUUCCAGAGAUAUGGCAAAGAGGCUCAGAAAUGCUUCUGUGGCUCAACUAACUGCCGGGGUUACCUGGGAGGAGAGAACAGGGUCAGCAUCAGAGCAGCAGGAGGAAAAAUGAAAAAGGAACGCUCUCGUAAGAAAGACUCGGUGGAUGGGGAGUUGGAAGCGCUGUUGGAGAAUGGAGAGGGGCUUUCAGAUAAGAACCAAGUUCUCAGUUUAUCCCGGUUGAUGGUUCGGAUUGAAACUUUGGAGCAGAAACUCACCUGCCUCAAACUCAUACAGAACACACACUCACAAGCCUGCCUGAAGUCCUUCCUGGAAUGUCAUGGCUUGUCUCUCCUCUGGAUCUGGAUGGCUGAGCUGGGAGAUGGAAGGGGAAACUCUGUGAACAACCUGAAGCUCCAGCUAGAGAUUAUGAAGACUCUGGAGCUCUUGCCUAUACCCAAUAAAAACAUGUUGGAGGAGAGCAAAGUGCUUCCAAUUAUCCAGCGCUGGGCUCAGACCAAGACUGCUGUCCCACAGCUCAGUGAGGGGGAUGGUUAUUCCAGUGAGAACACAUCACGGGCUCAUACGCCACUCAACACACCAGAUCCUUCUAUCAAGCAGAGCACGGAAGGCGACACAGACACCCCGAAGAAACUUGUCUUUCGAAGGCUCAAAAUUAUAAGUGAAAACAGCAUGGACAGUGCAAUCUCUGAUACCACCAGUGAGUUGGAGGGAAAGGAGGGCAAAGAAGACCUAGACCAGCUGGACAGUGUGCCUGCAGAGGUGGCAGAGGAGCAGCCGCAACAGGAAAUCAAAGCUGCCAUUGAUGCUGCAGUGGACAGCAGCAAACCUCAGGCCACUGAGCUGGAGGCUGAGCCUGAAGCAGAGGCCAAAGAGAGCAAUGGCACAAAGCUAGAAGAGCCCAUUGCAAUGGAAACACCAUCUCAAGAUGAAGAGGAGGGUGUGUCUGAUGUAGAGAGUGAGAGGAGCCAAGAACAGACUGACAAAAUAGUGGAUAUGAGUGACUUGGCUACCAAGCUUCUGGACUGCUGGAAAGACCUAAAGGAGGUGUAUCGAAUCCCGAAGAAGAGUCAAGCAGAAAAGGAGAAUAGUGGAGAUCGUGGGAGGGAUGCAGUUGGUCAUAGGGACCAAACUGCUACCCCAAAGAAUCCAAACCAGAGCAGAGAGAGAGACCCUGAGAGGCAGAGCCAGAGUAAAGAGAAGAAGAAACGGAGAGAGUCGUUGUCCCCACCAUCUUCGGCCUAUGAGCGAGGAACCAAGAGGCAGGAUGACAGGUAUGACACACCCGCUUCUUCUAAGAAGAAAGUGCGGCUCAAGGAUCGCAACAAGCUGUCCACGGAAGAACGCAGGAAGCUGUUCGAACAGGAGGUAGCUCAGCGGGAGGCUCAGAAACAGCAGCAGCAACUACAGAACCUAGGGAUGACUUCCCCACUUCCAUACGAUUCCAUGGGCUACAGCGCUCCCCACCACAGCUUUAUUGGCUAUCCCCCUGGCUAUCCCAUGCAGGCUUAUGUGGAUCCCAGCAACCCCAAUGCUGGGAAGGUGCUACUACCCACGCCGAGCCUGGAUCCCAUGUGCUCUCCUGCAGCCUAUGAGCAUCCCCAGACUUUGGUUGGGCACACAGUCGAACCACCCCUGACUACUCCUCAGCCAGUACCAGUAGUACAACAUGUAGCAACAACGAUGGAGGUUUCUGCUCCUCAGUACGUAGCACAAAGUGACACCGUGGUCCAUCAGGAACCUAAUGUAGCUGUCUUGCCAGUGCCUGCCCCGGGUCCAGUGCAGGGGCAGAGUUAUGGAGUAUGGGAUUCCAAUCAGCAGACUGUAGCUGUGCAACAGCAGUACUCUCCGGCCCAGUCUCAGCCAACCAUAUAUUACCCAGGACAGACGUGUCAGACUGUUUAUGGUGUGACAUCACCUUAUUCUCAGACUACUCCACCAAUUGUACAGAGUUAUGCACAGCCAGGUCUUCAGUAUAUCCAAGGGCAGCAGAUUUACACAGCUCAUCCACAGGGAGUAGUGGUGCAGCCGACGACAGCAGUAACAACGAUCGUAGCAGCCGGACAGCCUCAGCCCAUACAGCAGCCAGAGCUGGUAGUGACCAACAAUCUUCUGGAUCUACCGCCGCCAUCUCCUCCAAAACCCAAAACCAUUGUCCUCCCUCCCAACUGGAAAACAGCCCGAGAUCCAGAGGGGAAGAUCUAUUAUUACCAUGUGAUCACAAGGCAAACCCAGUGGGAUCCUCCUACCUGGGACAGCCCCGGAGAUGAUGCCAGCCUCGAACAUGAAGCUGAGAUGGACCUUGGGACUCCAACAUACGAUGAAAACCCAAUGAAGGAUCCAUUAAUGUCUCAAGAUGGAAGCAUAGAAGGUACACCAAAUGCUUAUAAGUGUGGUCAGGCACGAGUGGGAGAACAACUAGCUCUGGAGCCAAGAGUAGCGAUGGAAAGUGAGCCAGCAGCAUCUUCCAAAAAACCCAAAACAGCAGAAGCCGACACUUCAAGUGAGCUGGCUAAGAAGAGCAAAGAAGUGUUCAGGAAAGAGAUGUCUCAGUUCAUCGUGCAGUGCCUGAACCCCUACCGCAAACCUGACUGCAAAGUAGGAAGGAUAACCACAACAGAAGACUUCAAACACUUAGCACGCAAGCUGACUCACGGUGUGAUGAACAAGGAGCUGAAAUACUGCAAGAACCCGGAGGAUCUGGAGUGCAACGAGAAUGUGAAGCACAAAACUAAGGAGUACAUUAAGAAAUACAUGCAGAAGUUUGGGGCGGUUUAUAAGCCCAAAGAGGACACGGACUUAGAAUAACCACCUCUAACCUUUGGAAGGAGAGAUCCAUCCUCUUUGGACCUGAUGAGAAGGAAUCCUCCCCGCUAACCUCAGAGGCUGUUGGCUUGGACAGGACUCUCAAUUCUGACCUGACCCUGCCUAUUCUUUGACAGAAAUAUCCAUUUCUGUAUGAAAUGAAGCAGUUGCCCACUGUUUGGGAGUGAGGAGGGCGACGCAGAGCGGCAGAGUGGAGACAGCUCCUUCCAUCCUCUUCCUCUUUGCAGGCAAACCCGGGUCUCAAAUCUGGCGGUGCUGUUAGGCGCACUGACCCAUGCGCACAUCUUGUGUCCCCGAGAUCUGUAUUAUAUUUUAACGUAUAUGUGAAUAUAUUGAUAAUUUUUUUUGCUUUUAGCCCGACACGUGCUGAUAUCACGGGAACACUUUGUAAGGAUAGUUUUGUUUUUUUGUUUUUUUGUUCUCCUGCAAGGUUAAUCUGUUAUCAUGUAAAUAUUCAGGAACAGGCUGCCUCUGGAUUUCUGGCAGGCCUUGUGCUAUGUUGAUAAGAUUGAUUUUACUGCUUAAAUCAUUUUACUUUAUCCAAUUUUUACUGAACUUUUUAUGUAAAAAAAAUUUAAAAAAAAUAAAAUGAAAUGAAAUGAAAGAA